UCUCGGGCGGAAGCGAUUGGCGGACGCGGGGCGAAAGAGGCGGGACAAAUUGCCGCGGGUUCAGUGCCGCCACUGGAACCGGGAGAUGCGGCGCAGGAGCUGUCGCUGUGUUGGCUUUUACCUGAGUCUCGUCUCCUGUGGCGGUUCCUGCUGCGGCUUCGGUCAUGUUGUUACCGUCGGACAUAGCGCGACUAGUACUGGGUUACUUACAACAGGAAAACCUCACUUCUACCUGCCAAACUUUUAUUUUGGAAAGUUCAAAUUUAAAAGAAUACGCGGAACAUUGUACAGAUGAAGGUUUUAUUCCAGCCUGCUUACUGUCCUUGUUUGGAAAAAACCUGACAACAAUUCUGAAUGAGUAUGUAGCUAUGAAAGCAAAAGAAACAUCAAAUGAUGUCCCAGCAAUUAUGUCAUCUCUAUGGAAGAAGUUAGACCAUACACUUUCUCAGAUCAGGAGCAUGCAAAGUUCCCCAGGCUUUGUUGCUAAUCAGAGAGUCCGAACAAGAAGUGGAAUUGCAGAAAUCAAACGACAGAGAAGGCUUGCCGCUCAAGCAGCGCCUGUCAGUUCAGACUUGCUGACUUUAGCGUAUCUUUCAGGACAGUGUACUACUCCUCCUCCUCCUCCACCUCCUCCCCCAGCAGCUACACAGGUUAUGAGGCCGGCUGGCCAGAUUUCAGCUCCUUUGAGAUCAAAUUUUAUAGUGGUCAACCAUUCACAGCCACAAGACACUGCUGCCACUGGAGAGGCUUUAAAUAUCAUUCCUGGUCCUCAGGAAAAGAAAACUCAGACCACAGUAAUGUCUCCUGCUAGACGCAAAAGUGAAUCUCAAAGGAAAAGUAACACUUUGUCUGGGCCUCAUUCAACGAUACGGAAUUUCCAGGAUCCAAAUGCAUUUGCAGUAGAAAAACAAAUGGUUAUUGAAAAUGCACGAGAAAAAAUAUUAAGUAACAAGUCUCUUCAAGAAAAGCUUGCGGAAAACAUUAAUAAAUUUUUGACUAGCGACAACAAUAUUGCACAAAUACCUAAGCAAACAGAGAGCAACCCUACGGAACCAGAGACUUCAAUUGAUGAACUCCUGGGACUUCAGGUACAGAGUGAGAUCCAUAUGUCUGAGGAAGCGAUACAGGAUAUAUUGGAACAAACAGAAUCAGAUCCAGCAUUUCAGGCACUCUUUGAUCUCUUUGACUAUGGUAAAUCAAAGAAUAAUAAAAAUAUGUCACAAGGCAUUUCCAGUCAGCAUCUGGAAACCAAUACCGGUGUAGUCUUAGCAGAUGGAACUAAUCUAGCAGUUAAAGGUUCUUUUGAAACAGAACAGUCUGAUGAUCAGUCUGGGCAGCCCCCAUUUUGUGCAUCCUAUCAAAAUGAAGACACCUCAAAUGCUUUGAAGAAUAGCAGCAACCAUGAGGAGCUUGGGCAGGAAGCCCAGGAACACUUUCCUCAGAUAGGCUCUAGCAUCCAGAAAAAGGCAUUUAAAACAGUUGUACCUAAUGGACAGAAGUGUAACCUUGAUAUUACCUUUGAGUCUGUGCCUCAUUUGAAUGACUUUAACCAAAGAAUAAAUGCUGAUGCUGAAUGUAAUCAGCGUUGUGCUGAAUUGUACGCCCAUCAGAUGCCCACCGACACCGCCAUGACGAUGGAGGUUGGAAAGACUUCUCUGCUGUCCAACACACCGCAGGAACCUCCCUUGCAGCCUGAUCCGGCCGCUCUACCAAUGACGUCAUUUGUUUCCCUUGGUGGUGAAACUAACGGUGAAAACUUAAUUCUCUCUGGGAAGAGUUCUCAGCUUUUAUCCCAAACUAUUCCAUUAACUGGAAAGACAUCUAAAACAAGUCAGUUUUGUGAAAGCUCUAACAACACAGCAAGACUUAAAACUACUACUCUCCCUGGUUCUAAGUCAGACCCUAGAGAAAUGCACCAGAAUAAAACUGAGGUUCACGGUGGGUUGCCAGUUGCCUCACAACGUGCAGACUGCCAAGAUAAUUCUUCAUUUCCAAGUAAAAUACUACCUGUGUCAGUUGAAAGUUCAGGUUUAAACGUCUCCGAACAAGUAGACAGUCGUCUUGAAGAUUCAGUGUCUUCACUUAAACAGCCAUCUGAGGAUUCAUCAGCACCUGAGUUAAGUCGUACGGAAAAACAUGAAAGUCAGCCCUCCACGUCUGAGAAAGUCGCUGUCGAUUCACAAGAGCCUGCGUCUUUAAAGGGAGACGGAAAUAGUAUUUUUCUCACUUUAGGGGAAGCUGGUAACUGCGGGGAGGUUGCACUGAUGGCUCCGGAAGGUCAUCCUCUGGAAGAGAAGCAGUCUCCUCCUUCAGAAUCUGUGUGUUCUUCAGUGGGAGAUUCUCCUGCUGAGUCCCAAAAGACUGGUGAAAAACCUGCAGUGGACAAUUCAGCAGACAUAGAUGCAUCAAAUAUUGUCUCUCUCAAAAUUAUCAUUAGUGACGAUCCAUUUGUUUCCUCGGAUACUGAACUGAACAGUGCUGUUUCCAGUAUCAGUGGGGAAAACUUGCCGACUAUAAUACUGUCCUCUCCUGCCAAGUCUCCUGCCAAAGAUGCAGAAUUAGUUAAAUGCCUGUCUUCAGAAGAGACUGCAGUUGCUGUCCCAUCUGCUGACAGACUAGGGGAUUCCGCACCAGGGGAACAGAGCCUUCUGGCCCUCAAACCCGAGGACUCUGCCGGAAACGGCGCUCAGAAUGAAGGCAGCGGCGCUUUCUCAUCCACCGUCACACCAUGUGUCUCCAAGGAUGGGGGGUACAUACAGUUGAUGCCAGCUACGAGCACGACUUUUGGCAAUUCAAAUAACAUUCUCAUAGCUACGUGCGUGACCGAUCCAACAGCCUUAGGAACAGCUGGAAGUCAGUCUAAUGUGGUGGUGUUGCCUGGAAAUUCUGCCCCCGUGACCGCUCCACCACCGCUGCCCCAGUUACAGACACCCCCGAGGUCAAACAGUGUGUUCGCUGUCAACCACACUGUGUCACCCAGCUUUUCACAAGGCUCUGCCAUCAUAAUUGCUUCUCCCGUCCAACCUGUGCUCCAAGGAAUGGUGGGAAUGAUCCCUGUGUCUGUGGUUGGACAGAGUGGAAAUACCUUUUCUGCUGCUCCUCAGCAGCUCCUUCAUAUGCCUUUGGCAGCACCUGUGUGCAGUAGAAGUAUCCCUCAAAUCCCCAUCCCUCCAAAGUCUCAGAAGACUCAGGGACUAAGAAACAAGCUUGGUACAGGAAAGCAGGUAAAUAAUUUGGUGGAUUCAUCUAGUCAUUUAGUUGGAUGUCAUGCACAAAGAACUGAAGUGUCUGACAAGAGUAUGGCCACAGAUCUUGGGAAAAAACUGGAAGAAAUGACAGCCCCCUUCUCAUUAGAGAGCGUAGUUCCAGCUAGCAGACCAUUCGAAAGCCACCGACGCGUGCUCUGUUUUGAUAGCACUGCUUGUCCUGUGGCGGAUUCGCGGGGCACAGACCAUAAGAUGGUGUCCCAGAGCAAAGAAAGGAAUGACAUUGCAUUUCCUAAUCUCGAGUCACCCAUUGUGUCCUCCGCCUUAAAACCCCCUUCUAAUAAUGCUCUCAAAAGGGAGAGAGAGAGACCACCUUUGCCUAAGAUUUUAUCUAAAUCAGAAACUGCCAGUAGCCGACAUACCACCGUAAAAGAAACCCAGUCAGAAAAGAAAGUUUCACCAACAGAAAUUGUACUUGAAUCUUUCCAUAAAGCAACAGCUAAUAAGGAGAAUGAAUUAUGCAGUGAUGUCGAAAGGCAGAAAAAUCCAGAAACUUCAAAACUGUCAAACGGACAGCAAAAUGGGGGUUUACGGAAUGAGAAAACCAUAGCUUCACUGCAAGAACUAACCAAAAAACAAGGCACAUCCUCAAAUAGUAGAAAUGUCAUUUCAGUAGGUGCAACUGUGAAGGAUCCAAAACAAGAACAAACGAAAUGUGCCAGUUCUCUGAUUAGCCCACUAACCAAACAUGCCACCGAAGUGUUGCCGGAUGGCCAGUGGCCUAGCCCCGUCAAUAGGCUCCCCGAUAGUUCUGAUGCACCUGUCUCCCGGACAUCUGGCUCAGGGGCAGGGGACAAACAUAAAGAAGAGCCUAGAGACGGUCUCAAGGUCCCCUCUAGUCGGCGUUUUGCUGAAGACAGUAGCACAGCCAAGGUAAUGGUCCCUCCUGUCACCCCAGACUUGCCUGCCUGUAGCCCUACCAGUGAGACAGGGAGCGAGAACAGUGUAAGCAUGGCUGCCCACACCCUCAUGAUUCUCUCCAGAGCAGCCAUCUCCAGGACAGCCUCGGCGACUCCUCUCAAAGACAAUACCCAGCAGUUCCGAGCAUCUUCCCGGGGCACCACAAAAAAGCGGAAGAUCGAGGAAUUAGAUGAACGUGAACGCACCUCUCGUGCUUCUAAUAAAAAUCUUGCAAAUUCAUCACUCCCAAUGAAAAAGAAGAAAAUCAAGAAAAAGAAGCUACCCAGUUCAUUUCCAGCUGGAAUGGAUGUGGACAAAUUUUUGUUAUCAUUGCAUUAUGAUGAGUAAACAUUCUGAACAUAAAAGAACAGUAGCUAUUUAAAACUCGUAUCCCUUAAACUAUGAGUGUAGGGAGUGAGAUAUUGACAGAACCUAAAAGCAUGACCUGCACUUUCCUUGUACUGAAACUUCACUUUAUAUCUGAAUCAUGCUGUUUCUGAAGCAGCUUCCUAGUUUGUAAAUAGAUUUACCUAGUAUAUUUUUUAUUUUGGGAAAAACAUUUGCAGAAAUGUAAGUAAAGCCAAUCUGCAAAACUGUAUAGCUCUGACAAUUACGUAUUGUAAAUAUUGUAUAAAUCUUGUUGAAAUAGAAGUUAAAUCAACCUAGUGUUCUUACAUUGUGUUUUUUGACUUGUGAUCCCUAACUGAGGCUUAUUCAUCUGGAGUAGUUUCUCACUUUUUGGGGGGGGGGGGGGAAUAAUGCUUUUCCUUAUAAAAUUGCCUUCAGUAACUGUCAUACAAGACCUUUAAAGUCGGCCACAAAGUAGUACAAAGGUGAUGACAACCUCAAUUGGUGGUGGAGCAAUCAGAAAUGAACAAUUUAGGUUUUUGCUAGAGUGAAUACUUUAUUACCCCUUCUUAUAAUUGCAGUAAAGAUUAUAUUCCUGAAGUUUUACACUUUAAAGUGUUUCUCCUGGUCGUUCUGGUCUCUUUGUUCUAAAGAGAGAAUUUUGUAAACCAUAUCUGAGUGUUCUGAUCUUUUGUUUAUAACUUUCAGGAUCUUUUACAGAACUUUAAAUGUUUAGACUAUUGAGCCAUACAAAGUUUAUGUAGUAGUUGAGAUUUCUUGGUAUGUAUAUACUUUUUCCCAUAUACUGGGGAUUUGAAGAAUUGCACUAAUUCAUAGAACUUCAUACAUAGUAGUGACCAGUGCACAUUUAAUUUAAAUCUUGGAUUCUAUGUUAAAGCUUGUAUGGAGGAUUAUCUUCUGGUAUCCUUUUAGAAAGCCAUGUCCAUCAUAAGAUGUAAAAAGAGAAAUCAUAGUUUUAUAUUUUAAUUUAGUUUCUCCUAAAAUGGGCUGUGAAUAACUAUAUCUGUACUUAGAUAUAGUGCGUUGUCUCUGUGCCCCCUACGGUGUUCUAAAGAAUUACUCUCAAAAAGUCCUUAAGGAGAAUGAAAGAGGUGCCUUCUCUGUAUCAACUCACACACAUCAGUAAAGUUGAAAAAUUGGUUUAAACUUUUAAAUGAGAACAGAAAUUAUCAUUAAUAUCUGACCGAUUGUGCCUAGAUUAAAGUAUAUUCUCUUAAGUGCUUUCUGUUUGGUUGAAUAUCAGUAUUAUCAAGGAUUUUUUUCUACAGGUGUAUAUGUUGUUAAAGGGUCAUUUUCCUCAGCCUUUUUUUUUUUUUUUUUUUUAUAAUGGGCCUUUAAAAAACUAAAUCCAUCCUACUCCUAUUUCUCAGUGUGGAAAUCACAUCAUAAUUGCUGAACCUUACUGCAGAAAUACGUCUUGUUAAAAAUUUCUAUGAUAUGGUGGGGGUCUCUUCCUAAAGAACUACAUAUCAUACCCGUAAUGUUCAUUUAACUCAACUUGAUCCUGUACUACAGUUAGGUUUGAAUAAAUGUUUUCAUUAACUGCAAAAGUUUGAAUUACUUUAUAUUGGCAGUCAUUCUCAUUAAAUGAGAUACCUUCAUUAAAUUCCUUUGCAAGUCACUUUUUCAGAAGUUCACAUAGUCUUGGAAAACAGAUUUCCUUCUCAUUCAGUUAAUAUGUAUUAAUAGGUGCUAAGUACUAAGAAGUCCUACACAAAGUAAGUUCACUUUAUUCAGGAUUCUUAGGCACUAGCCAAGAGCUGCACUUGGUACGGUCCAAAAACACCUUACAUGCUUGCAGCUUUCCUUCAUGUUCAAGAGCAAAAGUCCAAAUUCCUGGACAUAAUUGGAGCAUAUCCCGGGUGACCUAUUUUAACAUUCAGAUGCCCAGGGACUGCAUUUCAGGGUCAGAGUAUAUACACCAUAAACUACUUGUGGCUCCUUUUAUAACUACAUGUAAGGAUCCACUCUUUAUUUUGGACAUUAUUUAGUGGUUAAUGCCCUCAACGUGUGCCAAGUGUGUGAAUUUUUGUAAUUAAAGGAUUUUAUUAUUUUAGCCCUGGAUAUUGUUAAAACCUUUCAGUAGUAUGUUGAAACAUCCAUCAGCACUCAGCCAAAGGCUAGAGGUCAUGACUCUUAAGGAGAGUAAGUAUGAAGCUUCAAUAAGAUGUCAUUUCAAAUGCUUGUUAUUAUGUAUUUUGCAUUCAUUAUUUCUCAAGCCACCAUCCUUUGGCCACAGGCUCAACUUCUUGAAAUUCUGUAUUAAGUUUUGACUUUAUUAUUAGAUGUUUACUUUUAACAGACUUUUUUCUUUUUAUAAAAAAAAUUAACAUUUGGCAUACUUUUUUCCUAUUUUUUCUACAUACCUGAACUUAAACUGCAAAUAUAACUUCCUAAUGCUUUUCAGUUUUUAUAUAUUAUAAAAAAAGAAAACCAUGACAACCAUUAAGAGUCAUUUUAAUUUAUAAAUGAACAAAAAGCUUAGAAAGUCCUUAAAAAAAAAAAAAACAGCACUGACAGAUUUGUAACCAAAUAGCUAUUUAUGUUAUCAGCUGUUUUCUUAGGAGACAUUUUAGAGAGUGGAAUUACCAAAUUAAAAACUUAGUAUACAUCUUUUUAAGGAUCUCAAUACAUUUUGCCAAAUUAUUGCAGAAAAUUUUUUUCAGUUUACAUUCCUGCCAGCAAAUUAUCAUUUCUGCCAUGGCAUGUGCUUAUCACUUACCAAAGAUAUAGUGAAAGACGUCAUCACUGGUUUCUCGGCUUUUAGUUCUUAUUAAAAUUAGGAGUUAGCUCCCAGCCCAUAUAAAAUUUGUUUUGAUAUCUGGUGUGAAAUAAAGAUCAGAGUAUAUUUUAUCCCUAAACAUUUAACCACUUGACUCUGUAUAACUGGUUAAGGUUUAUCUCUGCACACACAUUUACUUAAAAUGUCUCUCUUAUUCUGUACUGACUCACAAUUUCUUGUUCACAAUUCUAAAAUUCAAAAGGUUCUAACAACCAAUUUUUCUCCCUAAGUUUAGCAUCAGAAUUAUUUAAUGGCAAAACCUGACCUGAUUUGACAUGAGGCUACAUGAAUCUCUAUCUCAUUUGGUAGGGAUAUUCAUAUUUUAUUACUAGAAAAGUAGUAAUGUGCUUAUUAAAAUGUGCUGUUUGAAAUUCAA